UGUGUAAUGAGUCAAUACUCGUGACGCAGUUAGAUAUCGGCAGCGAGUGGUUAAUUUUUGUUUAGUUUCAGUGUAUAUUUUCUGUGACUGCUGCUGUGAGAGUUGGCUGUUGAGAGCUAAUGCCGCUGUGUUUGUUACCAGAUGGCAGGCACUGCGAGAAAACAUCAGAUGGAUGAGGAAGUAGAUGUGAUUGAGUCACCACAGAAGGAUGGGGAGGAAGAUGGAAAGACGAAGAGCACAGAGGAUGUAGAUCCUCCAACGAAAGGCCCCAGUGGUGCAAGUCUGUUAGAGGAAAGGUUACGAUCUUUAUAUGUGGACAACCAAGGUCCACAUCAGAUGGACACCACUGAAACAGAGAGCAGGGGUGGUAAGGGCAGAGAUGCAGAAAGACUUUCUGGAUGUGGUGAAGGAUCUGCAGACAUGGAAGGGAAUGCAAUCACAGAGAAUGUUAAACAGAAGCUUAAAGCCCAUCUGAGGGAAAGGUUUACAUUCAUAUACGAGGGCACGUCAGCCAGUCAAUCGCAGCUCAAAAAUGUCUACACAAGACUCUACAUUACUCAACAGGCUGAGGAAUAUGGUUGCCAACCACAUGAGAUUCUCGAUCAGUUUAAACUCCCGGACCAGGCGUCACCAUUUUCAGAGUAUCAACAGAUUGACUGCCUGGAUAUCUUCAAACCAGGAAGGAACAUUUCCCAGCAACAACCCGCAAAAGACAAAGCCAUCAAAAGAGUGAUGACAAGAGGGAUUGCUGGCAUUGGCAAGACAGUUGCUGUCCAAAAUUUUGCCCUAAACUGGGCAGAGGGAAAAUCCAACCAGAGCAUUUAUUUCAUCUUCGUGCUCCCUUUCAGAGAACUGAACAUGCUCAAAGAGGGUGAGUACAGUCUUCUGCAACUCCUUCUUCACUUCUACCCUGAACUGAAACCGCUAGAAGAUACACAGACACUUGUUAACAAGCAAGUGCUGUUAAUUUUUGACGGUUUGGAUGAAAGCAGAUUUCCACUGGACUUUGAUGGGACCAUGAGAGUGAGUGACGAACAUCAGAGAUCAACAGUGGAUGUGUUGCUGACAAACCUCAUCAAAGGGAACCUGCUGCCGAACGCUCUGCUCUGGAUAACUUCCCGACCUGCAGCAGCCAGUCAGAUUCCCUCUAAGUACAUUGACCAGAUGACAGAAGUGCAAGGGUUCACUGACAGACAGAAGGAAGAAUACUUCAUGAAGAGAUUCAGUGCUAAUCCAAAGAAAGCCAAAGAAAUCCUGUCUUGUCUCAGAGGGAUGAUAAGCUUCUGUUUCAUGGGCCAUAUCCCAGUCUUUUGUUGGAUCACCGCUGAGGUAUUUCAGAAAGGAUGGGGUGACCAGAGGAGUCGAACGAUCACAACAAUGACAGAGUUGUACAUUUAUUACUUGCUAAUUCAAACACACAGAACAACACAGAAGUAUGGGAAGAAAAGCUCAGAAUCACAGAAUGCUGCCAUGCUCUUUAAUCUGUCCAAGCUGGCGUUCGAGCAGCUGCAAAAAGGAAACAUCAUAUUUUACGAAGAGGACCUCAGAGAAUGUGGCAUUGAUGUCGACAGGGCCUCAAUGUUUUGUGGAUUUUGCUCAGAAAUCCUGAAGCAAGAACAUGGGCUGUAUCAGAAAAAGAUGUUCAGCUUUGUGCAUUUAAGCUGUCAGGAGUUUCUCGCUGCUCUUUACAUGUUCCACUGCUGCAUGACAAAGAACAUCAGCACUUUGAAGUCUUUCCUCGAUGUUGACCCUACAGAUCUGGACUUGCUUGAGUUGCAGAAGAGGAUUGUGGAUAAGGCCUUGCAGAGUGAGAAAGGUCAGCUGGACCUGUUUCUCUGCUUCUUCCUUGGAUUCUCACUGGAGUCCAACCAGAAAAUGCUACAAGGUUUACUACCACAGACAAAGAGCAGCUCAGAGACUGUUGAGGAGAUGAAGAGAUACCUUCGAAAUUUUCAUGCAGGAAACAUCCCACAGGAGAGGUGCAUGAAUCUUUUCCUCUGCAAGUAUGAGCUAAAAGAAGAGAGAUUCCAGGAUGACAUCAGAAUGUUUCUACAUUCAGGAGCAAGACUCUCACCCAUUGACUGCUCAGUAAUGUCCACCAUGCUGCAAAUAUCCAGGGAACUGAUUGAUGAACUUGACUUGACAAAAUGCAUGACACCAUUGGUGGGGGUUGAGAAACUUAUCCUGCCAAUGAAGAACUGCAAGCGGGCAGUACUCAAGAGUGGCCAUUUGAGUGAUAAACCCUUUGCGAUACUACUCUCCAUUCUUCAGUCACCAGACUCUUGCUUGCGGGAGCUUUGCCUGGUGUGUUUUUCUAACGCCAACGUUUCUCUUCCUGAUAUUCUCUUUGCUGCGUUGGGAAGUCCUAACUGCAAACUUCAGAUACUGAGAUUGUCUGGGUUUUCUCUGGAUUUCCGUCAUUGUCACACACUGACAAAUUUGCUACAAUUAAAACAAUCAUCCCUGAGAGCGCUGGACCUGACUGACUGCAUAUACAGUUACCCACAAGAUUAUAGUGGAUAUUUUUCUAAAGAAGUGGAGAAGAAGGAAAAGUAUGAUGAUGUCAACGAUGAACUAAGUCUGCUGACUAUUAUUCCCACUAUCUUGAUCGGUCCAGUCUGUAAACUGGAGGAAUUCAGCAUGCCCGGUUGUCUCCUGAAAAGUAAAUGCUGUCAAGUGUUUGCCUCGGUGCUCAGCUCAAAUUCUCAGCUGAGAGAGCUCAACCUCAGCCGCAAUGAUCUGCAGGAUUUAGGAGUGCAGCUGCUCUCUGUUGGACUGGGGAGUUCAAAAUGUAGGCUGGAGAUACUGAGGCUGUCAUGUUGUGGGAUCACAGAGGAAGGCUGUGCCUCCCUGGCCUCCGCUCUGAGGUCCAACCCAUCCCAUCUGAGAGAGCUGGAUCUCAGCUACAAUCACCCAGGAGAAUCAGGAGUGAAGCUACUUUCUGAAAGACUGGAGGACCCAAAAUGUAGACUGGAAAAACUCAGUGUGGAGCAUGAUGAAGAGCACUGGGUAAACCCACAGCAUCUGAACAAGUAUGCCUGUGAUCUCACAUAUGAUCCCAACACAGUUAAUGAACACCUCCUCCUGUCUGAGUGCAACAGGGAAGUGAAGUUUACUGAAGAGAAGCAGCCAUAUCCUGAUCACCCAGAGAGAUUUGAUGAAGAGAGCCAAGUACUGUGUAGAGAGGGCCUGACUGGACGCUGCUACUGGGAAGUGGAGUGGAAAGGAUUUGUGAAUAUUGGUGUGGCAUAUAAGAGUAUAGAGAGGAAAGGACGGUGGGACACAGAAAUUGACCGGAGCAACAAGGCCUGGUGUUUCAAUAUCACUGUGUGGAACGGUUAUUCUUUCCGUCACGGCCACACAGAGACAUUUAUUCCUGCCCCCAUCAUUGAUGUCCAAGCAUUCCUGGCCAGACCAAGGAGACUGGGUUUGUUUCUGGACUGGCCAGCUGGUAUCCUGUCUUUCUACUGGCUGUCUGGUGACACAAAAACUCUCCUUCAUACUUUCCACACCACCUUCACCGAGCCUCUCUACCCAGCGUUCACUGUUUACACUGUAUCUUCUUUGACCCUGUCCAGAGUAGUGAAGCCUAAAAUGGAUCCUGCUCAGUCAAGCUUCAUACCUGAGGUGACAACAGAAAGAAUCGGCAUUUCAUACAAGUUCAUUUUCCCCGGUCCAGGUUUGUUCCAUUGUUCUUUGACUGGACUGGGGUUUAAUGUGACUCAUGAGGGGGAGGUCAUGUACAGGACUCUGAUUUGGAAUGACAUGCUCCUCCAGCCAGCUCGUAAGGUGCCUGCAGGACCGCUGUUCAGCAUCGAGUGUGCUGAGGACUCUAUCCGUCAGCUCCAUCUCCCACACUGUGAACCUGAACCUGCACUGGUCUCUGAAAGCCUCGCUGUCGUCAACAUCACUGAGGAUGGCAUGAGCAUCAUACAGCCGCUGGAGGUUACUGACACCCACGUGAUUGUGGACGUCCCUCACCUCUCUUCCUUUGGCAUCGUCUGGGAUCUCAUCAAGAGGUUUCUGAAUUUCAUAACGAAACCAGUAUAUGGCCAAGUCCUGCUGUUCCUGCGACCACCGCUCCGCUCAGGGAAACAAAUCCUCAGUGUGAUUCUGCUACCAAGCAACGUGCCUCUGCUGGAGGUAAAAGCACAACAUACAGAAUCUGAGUUCAUCAAGGCCCCCUCCUGCUGUCGUCUCUACAAAGAACAAUAUUACAGCCUCUUUAGUGACCCAGACAGCUAUAAAAUACAGCCACCGCGUGCACAUUUUUCUGACAAUUACGGCCCAAAUUACCACGCGUCGUAUGAGAUCAUCCUGAGGACGAGCACAGAGGAAGUGACUCUGAUGUUGCGAGAUCCAGACAGUGCACAAGUCUGGCAGCACUGCCUUCAUCUGCCUGCUUCAUCUUCAGAUGCUUCAUCAGUUCAAAAUCUGCCAAGGAUGGGAGACAACAUCUCAGCAGAAGAGAAGCUGCUAACUGUUAGGUCAGCAUUUAUCUACAGAGUGUCUUAUCCUGUUCUGGACAAGCUGCUGGAUGAACUUCUGGGACACGGGGUUAUAACUGAUGCUGAGAGGGAGGCAGCCAUGGCCAAACCCAGGCGAGACAAAGCACGAGACGUGAUUGACAUGGUGCGAAAAAAAGGAAGCGAUGCCAGCGAAAAACUGAUUACCCUCUUCUCCGAGGAUGAUACAUUCCUUUGCAGAGAGCUCGGCUUAAUCUGAUGCAAAAAAUCUUUAGAGUGAUGAUCAUAUGAAGCCAUGAUAUCAUCAUUUCAAUCUGAAAAGCAAUGAAGUGAAACACUAUAAAUAAUGAUUAUACUCGAGCAAAUGUCAUGAAUCAGAUGUCGAGGAAGUGAACCAUAUAGGAUAUACAACACAACAGAGCCCUGCAGCCUGAAUUACACAUUACAUUUAAUCAUUUUUUCAAACUGUGUCAACAGACUUUAAUGUAAGUGAUACCACAAAGAGCGAGCAGAGACACUGGCAUACACGUCUUGCUCUAAAAAAUUCCUUAUCAAGUGUCUUAAAGUUGUUUAUUGUAUCUCAAAAUCACAAUUAUGUUUCUGUUGAUUUAAUUGCAAAGAAAGAAGAAAACUUGAUAAUAGGAAAGUUAUAUCGUUAUGUGUGUGUGCUGGGGAACAGUGAGGGCUGUUCGUAGCUGUUGAACAUGAUUAAUUAUUGCAGUGCAUUUUGUACACUUAAGAGGACAUAAAUCAAUGUAUGAACAGCUUUCACGUGCUUGCUAAUUAUUUUCACACAUUACAGAGCAGUUGAGAUUUAGUGCAUGGUGAGUAACUGCCAUCUCCUCAAAAUGAUGCUGGAGUUACAGAUGAUGUCCUGUUUAGUAAAUACAAUGUGGAGUCACAUUAGCCUGAUGCAAAGCAGCCCACACUUCAUAUCAUUCCUUUUUGUCAUAAAUGUGUAUACUUUGUUUAUACUUUUCUUAAGAUUUUAAUAGAAUAUUUUAUGGAUUUAAUCAUAUAUUCUGUGUGUUUUUGGACUUUAUAUACUUGGAUCACAUUUCUAUGUUAAUUUGAGUAUUAAAACAUAUUUUAUUCUAAUAUUAUCUCUCUACACAAUUGUCUAAAGGCUAUUUCAAAGCCUCCCCAAAAGUGCUAGGAAUAUAAUUCUGGUUGAGAAUAUAAAAUACCUUUAUUUUAUUUUUUGUUUUGGGGCCAAAACUUAAAUUUAGGAGUUGACCUACCUGACUAACAUUAUUAUUAUAUUUUAUCUUAAGUUGACAAUAAACGUCAUUUUAGGAACUUUA